AUGACUGUAGCCGAUAUGGGCAAAGCGAAAGACGACGAAGAUGCCCUGCUUCCAAGUCACCAUCGCACUCCAACCACUGUUCAAUCCACGCCGGGAUCAAUUGCCUUCAAAUGCUACGUGAUUGCAUCGAUGUGCUUUUUAUGGACGGGCUAUACACUUGCUGUUCGCUACACCCGCUCCACCACAAACCCCUCCGAAUUGUACGCAUCGACGACUGUCGUGCUUUCCGGAGAAUUUAUCAAGCUGUGCAUCACUUUACUGAUGAUAUUUCGGGAAGGUGGACAUUCUAUGAGCAAAUUUGGAACGACGCUAAACAAAUUCUAUUUUGGACAGCCAAUUGAAUUGGCAAAGAUGUCGGUUCCAUCACUUGUAUAUGCUCUUCAGAAUAACUUGGACUUUGUUGCAUUGAGCAACUUGGAUGCUGGCGUUUAUCAAGUGACCACCCAAUUGAAAGUCGUGACAACCGCUCUCUUCAUGAUGGCCUUCCUUGGGCGCAAAAUGACUACUCCCGUGAAGCUGGAGAAGCAUCCGUCGACGUUUGUUCUGAAGCGUAAUGGACAAGCCCAGGCUGUGCAUUUCGACAAGAUCACCAGCCGAAUUCAAAAGCUCAGCUAUGGCCUUAACACCGACUUUGUUGACCCGAUCCUGGUUGCUCAAAAGGUGAUUGCCGGUAUGUACAAAGGAGUGAGCACCGUUGAAUUGGACAAUCUGGCCGCCGAAACUGCUGCCUCGUUGACCACAGAACAUCCCGAUUACGCGAUUCUUGCCGCUCGAAUUGCCGUUUCUAAUCUUCACAAGAAGACUGAAAAAGUUUUCUCGGAGGUCAUGGAUAAAAUGUUUAACUAUGUGAAUCCAAAAACUGGACAAAAACAACCAAUGAUUGCGGAUGAAACCCAUGACAUUGUUAUGAAACAUGCCGAUCGUCUCAACUCGGCUAUUGUCCAAGAUCGCGACUUUUCCUACACGUAUUUCGGAUUCAAAACACUCGAGCGCUCGUAUUUGCUGAAGAUUGGCGGGGAGAUUGUUGAACGACCUCAGCAUAUGUUGAUGCGAGUGUCUGUCGGAAUUCAUGGCGAGAACAUCGAUGCUGCUAUCGAAACCUACAAUUUGAUGAGCGAUCGAUUUUUCACUCAUGCAACUCCAACUUUGUUCAAUUCGGGCACGAGAAAGGCGCAACUCUCCUCAUGUUUCCUACUUAUGAUGCAAGAGGACUCAAUUCACGGUAUCUAUGAGACUUUGAAACAGUGUGCGUUGAUUUCCAAAUCUGCUGGCGGUAUUGGGGUCAACGUUCACAAUAUUCGAGCUAACGGAAGUCUUAUUGCUGGUACCAACGGUCAAUCGAAUGGCUUGGUUCCCAUGCUUCGUGUCUUCAACAAUACUGCUCGCUAUGUGGAUCAAGGGGGAAACAAACGACCUGGUGCUUUUGCCAUUUACUUGGAGCCAUGGCACGCUGAUAUUUUCGAGUUUGUUGCUUUGAAGAAAAACACUGGACCCGAAGAAGAGCGUGCUCGCGAUCUUUUCUACGCCUUGUGGGUUCCUGACCUCUUCAUGUCGCGUGUCGAGAAAGAUCAGCAUUGGUCAUUGAUGUGUCCUUCUGAAUGUCCAGGACUUGCUGAUUGUUGGGGAGAGGAAUUCGAGAAACUCUACAUAAGAUACGAAACGGAAGCUCGAUUCAAGAAGCAAGUUAGAGCUCGUAAGCUUUGGGAAGCCAUUGUCAGCAGCCAAAUUGAAACCGGCACUCCAUAUAUGCUUUACAAAGACGCCUGCAAUCGCAAAUCGAAUCAACAAAAUUUGGGAACUAUAAAGUGCUCUAACUUGUGCACGGAGAUUGUGGAGUAUACCAGCAAGGAUGAGGUUGCGGUGUGCAAUUUGGCGUCAAUUGCUCUGAAUCGAUACGUUACCGCCGAGCAAACUUUUGAUUUUGCUCUCCUCCAUUCCGUUACAAAAGUCAUUACAAAGAAUCUCAACAGGAUCAUUGACAUCAACUACUACCCAGUUCCUGAAGCAGAGCGUUCAAACAUGCGCCACCGACCUAUCGGAAUUGGUGUUCAGGGGCUUGCUGAUGCGUUUAUGCUCAUGCGCUAUCCGUUCACUUCGGAGAAAGCUCGAGACCUCAACAAGAGAAUUUUUGAGACUAUUUACCAUGCGGCGUUAGAGGCUAGUUGCGAACUUGCUGAGACUCUUGGACCUUACGAGACAUAUGUUGGAAGUCCAAUGAGCAAAGGGGAACUUCAAUUCGAUCUAUGGAACGUUAUACCAACUGACCAAUGUGAUUGGAAAACUUUGCGCGACAAGAUUCAAAAGCACGGUGUUCGCAACUCAUUGCUUCUUGCACCCAUGCCAACUGCGUCAACCGCUCAAAUUCUUGGAAACAACGAAUCAAUUGAGCCCUACACUUCAAAUAUCUAUUCGCGGCGUGUGCUUUCGGGGGAUUUCCAAAUUGUGAAUCCGCACUUGUUGAAGGAUCUUGUUGAACUUGGACUUUGGAGCGCUGAUAUGAAGAUGCGACUGAUUGCUUCACACGGCUCCAUUCAAAAUAUUCCCGACAUUCCAGCGGAGAUUAAAGAGUUGUACAAAACUGUCUGGGAAAUUAAGCAGAAGGAUAUCAUCGAGAUGGCUGCUGAUCGCGGUGCUUACAUUGAUCAGUCACAAUCGCUCAACAUUCACAUCGCUCAGCCAAGUAUGGCCAACAUCACCUCAAUGCAUUUCUUUGGAUGGAAGAAGGGCUUGAAAACUGGAAUGUACUACCUCCGAACCAAGCCAGCGGUGAAUCCGGUGCAAUUCACUGUGGACAAGACGGCUAUCAAGAAACAAGAGCAAGACGAGCUCACCCGCAAAGUUGCCGAGGCCAAGAUUGGAGACGCCGAGGAAGGAUGUCUGAUGUGCUCCGGA